AUGGUGUCCCUCGGCGCCAUCGCAUGCUUCCUGGUAGUAACACUGGCGACCUCGAUCUAUAUUGCAAGCAUCCCUGGCAUAAUGGCCGAAUUCAAUGUCGGACGGACACUGGCGAUCCUGCCGGUCACACUCUAUGCACUGGGUUUCGCGGUUGGCCCCAUGUGCACAUCCGCACUAUCUGAAGAGUUUGGUAGACAGUAUGUCUAUAAAGUAUCCCUUUUGCUACAUUUUGCGUUUACUUUGGGGGGAGGGUUUGCCCAGAACUAUCAAACUGUCGCUGUAUGUCGCGCACUGUCAGGCGUCGCUGGAUCUCCCUCGGUCGGUGUUUUUGCGGGGGUUUUAAAUGAUCUGUGGGCAAUGCCUGGGGAUAGACUGGGAGUCCCUCUAUUUGUGUUGUAUGGCCUUGGUGGUGCCGCCGCCCCGGAGAUAGGCCCGGUCAUCGGAGAGGCCGUGGUCGCCGUCCACGGCUGGCGAUCGUCCUUUUGGUUAACGGCGAUUCUUGUCGGGAUGUGCUUUCUUGGCAUGGUCUUUGUCCCGGAAACGUACGAGCCCGAGAUCUUGCGGAAGCAACUCCAAUUUCAUCGUCGCAACCCACGCCAAGCGCUAGGAGAGGCCUUUUGGCGCCCGAUACAGCUGAUCCUGUCCGAGCCCAUAGUACUUCCAACCGCCAUGAUUGUCACUAUGAGCCAGAUUGUGAUUUUCAUUCUCUACGCAGGGUUUCCGGUGGUGCUGGGACGGACAUACCGAUUCUCUCCGUACCAAGUGGGAUUGUCGUUCCUACCAUUCUUGAUUGGAACUAUGCUUGCUGCGCCAGUUCUAAUCAUGGUGGACAAGCGCAAACGUCGCUUAGAUCGACCAGUUCCGGAGGAUAAUCUCCCCGGGGCGAUGCUCGCGGCGAUUUUACUUCCUAUCAGUCUUUUAUGGUGGGUGACUGUAGGAACCUCUAGCUCGCGUCCGAUGCUAAUGAAAGAUCUUCAGGCUGGGGUGGACCACUCACUCUUCGAUUCACUGGGUUUGCCCUCUUCUUGCGGGCGUCCCUUACGGGCUGGGGUUUGCCCUGUCUCAAGUAAGCUUUACCUCUUCCAUGCUGGUUUUGUGGCUGCUGAUGAAGACGAUGUACUGCAGCUUGCCUACCCGUUGUACAAAAAUGAAGUCUACGGAGCCAAACUUGGAGCUUCCACAUUGGCCGUAGAUGUUGCUAUGCGAUACUUGUUCUCCUCAGUUUUCCCCUUGUUUACUGAUUCACUCAUUGAUGGUAUCGGAUUUGAAUGGACAAUGACGGCUUGCGCCAUCUUCUUUAUUCUGCUAGCCCCCGUCCCGUGGUUGCUGCAGAAGUUCGGCGCUGCUUUACGGGAUCGGAGCCAAUACGCCAGGCAGGUCUCCACCGAGACGCAACGAGGGCAGCAGCCAAAGAAGGACCGUGAUGGCUGGAGCGAUCCGUCUACUCCUCAAGCCCCGGUAUGA